AUGUCUGCCCCUGGAUCAUCCUCAUCUACUGUCCCAACCGCUCAAACUCUUGUCCAUAAGGUCACUAACAUAUACAAUCAGUUUAAUUUCAAACUAACUGUGGAUGGGUCCAAAUACAAACUUUGGAGACGAAUCUUUACUGAUAUUUGCAAAGGUGCCAAAGUCAUGGGACACAUUACUGGAAAUUCAAAACCAACAAGCAAUGAAGAUGAAGAGUGGGAAUUCGUUGAUUCUCAUGUUAAGUCCUGGUUCUACUCCACAGUUGAUGCAAAUCUGCUUCAAAUCAUAUCACGAGACAAUUGUACAACUAAAGAUCUUUGGGAUGAGCUCGACAAAUUCUUCAUUAACAACAAAAUGUCUCGCAUGCUUCAGUUGCAAGAUCAAUUCAGAAAUACGAAGAAGGGUACCUCCUCAAUAACUGAAUUCUGCCACAUGUUGAAGAAUCUGGCUGAUGCACUAUUGGAUGUCGACUCCAAGAUCACAGAUAUUGAGCUUGGCAUGCAAAUACUACGCCAAUUGCCGUCCUCAUAUCACAACAUUGUUGAUGUUAUUACCAACACAAAGCCAUUCCCAUAUUUUUUUAGAGGCUAA